AUGACAGAUUCAAGCAAGCCAUUGACUUUGUCAAAUAAGUACAUACCAAGUGAAUAUCAUUAUCAAUUGAACAUUAAUCAUCAAAAACCAAAUUUCAAUGGUAGUGCUAGUAUUACCUUGAUUGAAAAUAAAGAUUAUAGAUCAGGAGAUGAUGAUACAGCUGGGUUUAAGUUUACUUUACAUGCAAAUAAAUUGGUCAUUAUUACUGCAAGUAUUGGAGAUAAGAAGUUGAAAGUUGAAUAUGAAAAAGAAUUACAAAGAGUUAGUUUCACCAGUGAAGAAUCCAUUUCAAUUGAUCAACCAUUGAAAAUCAAUUAUAUGGGUCAGAUUAAAACUAUAAAUACAUACAAGGAUGUAACUCAAGGUUUGUUUAAAACUAAUUUCUUAGAUAAUGAUACUGGGAAAUCCGAUAACUAUAUUUUAACUACUCAUUUUCAACCACAUGGAGCUAAACAAGUUUUCCCAAUUAUUGAUGAAUUAACUCAUAAAUCCAUGAUUAAAUUAGAUUUAACUACAUUGAAAAGAUUUCAAGUUUGUUGUAAUGGUGAAGAAAAAGAUUCUAUUUUCCAUGAAGAAAAUGAAAAUAAAACCACAAAUUUUGUUUAUGAAAGACCUAUUCAUUCAGCUAUAAUGGGAUUUCUGAUUGGUGAUUUCAAUUGGCAACUGAGUAAAAAAAUUAAAGUUAAUGAUAUUACUGAUUCUGUUAGAGUUUAUGCACCAAAUGGAGAUUUAUCUAAAACUAAUCUUGCAUUAUCUAUAAUUGAAGAAUAUUUACCUAAAAUUGAAAAAAUUUUUGGUCCUUAUCCAUUGAAUCAUGUUUAUUUCAUGGGAGUUCCAUUUUUAAAAGAUGGAGUUAUGGAAAAUUGGUCAAUGAUAAAUGUUAUUGCCCCAAAUUUAUUGAUUGAUGAUAAUGCAGUUACUAAACAAUUUAAAUCUCAAUUGACUGAAUUAAUUGUUCAUGAAUUGGUACAUCAAUGGAUUGGUAAUUGGGUAUCAUUUGAUAAUUGGAAUUUCUUGUGGUUUAAUGAAUCUUUUGCUACUUGGGCUGCAAGAAAAUUUAUUGGUAUACCUUUUAAUUAUGAUAAUUUCUUAACUAUUGAUUGUUUUUUCGACGGGGAUUUCAAGAUUGGAAGUAUUCAUGAUUAUAUGCAAAAAGUCAAUGCAGGAUUGAAUGCAACCACAGAAACUAUUUUCAAUACUGAAAUGUAUGAAAAGGGUAUGAUUUUAUUAAACAUGAUUGAUGGAAUUUUUGAAGCUGAAGGUAAAGAUAUGUUGUCUAGUUUCAAGAUUAUAAUUGACAAAUUUCAAGGUAAAGCUAUUAAAGUUUUUGAUAUUUGGCAAGAAUUGAAUGAACAAGUUUCUGUUGAUUUACCAAGUUUUGUUUAUUCUUGGGUUAGAAGUAAAGGAUAUCCUAUUUUACAAGUUUCUCACAAAGGUGAAAAGAUUUUAAUUGAACAACAUGCUUAUUUCCUGAAUUUAACUGUUGAACAAGCUCAAAUCGAAGAUAUUCCAUAUCAUGUUCCAUUGUUUGUUAAAGCUGAAAAUGAAAAGGGUGAAAUUAAAAUCUUGAAUUUAAUCAUGACUGAUCGUUCACUUGAAUUGGAUAUUUCUAAACUUGUUUGCAUUAAUUCUGGUCACAAGGGUUAUUAUAGAGUAUUAUAUGAUAGAAUUGAUAAUUUAUCAUUGAUGGAUACAACAGAUAUUAUUAUGAUUAUUUCUGAUCUUGGUAGCGUUUUAGGAUCACCGGUUUCUACUUCAAGAGAUUUAUGUAAUUUUAUUAAAUUAUAUGAUAAUUUGUUGAGUAUUUCAUGGGAUUGGUCAAUUUGGGAAUGUGCGUUAGGUUAUUUAGAACCAAUUAUUGAUAUCUUGCGUCAUUUCACUGAUUUCACCAAAUUUGAACAAUGGGUUAAUAAAUUUUCCAACAAAUUAUUUCAACAAUUAAAAUGGGAUUAUGAUAUUCCAGUUAGAUACAAUUCAUUAGAAUGGAAAGUUAGAUCAUCUAUUUUACAGUUAAACAUUGCCAAUAAAGAAGCAUAUACUGUUUGUCACAAGUAUUAUCAAAAUUUCAUGAAUUCAGGUAUCAACAAGAAAUUUACUCCAAGAGAAUUAUUACCAUCAGUGAUGAAUGUUUCCAUGUCCAAAGGUUCCAUGAAAGAAUACAAGAGAGUAUUGGAGUUGGUUAAAAAUUCCAAUGUUUCACUUUUAAAUCAAACCAAUGCUGGUCAACAAGAAUUACAAACAAUGAGUUUAACUAGUUUAUCAUUUGUUAGUGAACGUGAAUUGGUUAACAAGACUUUAAAUUUUAUUAAUAAUAAUAUUGAUUCUAAAUUAAUUGAAUUGGGAUUAAUUGGAUUUACAUAUUCCAAUAAACAUAAUGAAGUUGUUUUCAAUUGGUUUAAAUUGAAUUAUGACAAUUGGAUUAUGAGAUCAUUACGUAAAGGAAGUGAUUGGUCAAAACAAAUUGGUAUUACUGUUAAGAAUAUUGUUAAAAUCAUGCUUAAGAUCAUGUCUAAUAAUAAAGAAAAUAAAUUUAAAAUGGAUGAAUUUGUUGAAAUCAAAAGUAAAACAUUACCUGAACAUGGAUUAAAAAACUUAGUUGAUACUUGGGAAUUGGAAAGUGAAGAAUGUUUCAAAAUUGCUUCGUUUUAUGAUGGAUUGUGUGAUGAGAUAUAA